AUGACCGAACCACGAAACGGUGCCGGGCUUGGGCGUCUCCCGUUAUUUGGCGCCCAUAAAUGGAUGAUGGUACAAAGAGGAACGCGCAUAGGGCCGCUGCCUGGGGGUCGCCGGGGCGCGUCUGGAGUUGGCGCUGGACGCGGCAGCAUGUGGGCCGCCAGCCGAGCGCGAGGAGUUGUACGAUCACCUAGCAGCCCUCCGCAUCCAUCAUCCCCACCAGAAGGCUUGGUGUCCGCUGGGUCUUCUCGGACUCAGCAAGCGGCACCCGUCGCUGGUGGAUCACGUCGCAUGCGUCGGUCACAAAAAAUGAACGCAAACGCACUGCGGGCGUACUUUAGGGCAAAAGGGGAAGAAACCGGAUGUUUGGCAUAUCGGGCUCGGAUGCAUCGCUUUUUUGUAGAGUUGGAGCCAUCUUUAUCCGUCACUGAACAAAACCUGGCAGACCGAGUUCGGUACAUCCUGCGCUCCAACAUAUUUGGUGACGCCGAACUCGAACGACUACGACGUGAGGCUGUUCCCUCAUCGGAUGGAAAUGCUACGGCUGGGAAUGCGGCGCCACUAAUUGCGCAGCAAACUGCAAAUGUGGACGCUGCCGUCAAUAUUCCAUUUGUGGUUGAUUCAGACGAUGAUGGAAUAGUCCCCCACGAACUAGAGAAAAUGAGGAGCAUAUUGGAAGAGUCGAUGCUGGAAACGUGCAGCAUGCCUCUCGAAAAUCGACCGCGACUUCCCCGCAUACCCCUUAGCAAGCGAAAUCGGGCUGUCGUGCGGGCUCUUAACCCAAUGCUGGUGACCUAUUUGGAAGCCAGCCGGGACCUUUGCGAGACGGACUCAAUUCUUUUUGGCGCCGCACUGGCAGUAUGCCGUAUUAUUGGCGCCAAACUUCCCAUGUCUGGACGUGCUACUCAACAAGGCAGUGCCAUCUUAGCCUGGAGAAAAAGAAUCGAGGACCGUAUCGCAAAAGUAAGGGCCCUUAUCGGCAGACUGACAAGCUUCAGGUCGGGCCCAGGACCGGAUCAGACUGACACUGUCGCAUUUUGGCGUGGCCUGUGGUCAGAGCCCGUAAACCACAGCGAGGGCCCUUGGAUGGAAGUUGUGGCGAGCCAGAGUGCAAGUGUUACGCCUGUGGAGCCCGUCACCAUAACGCCUGAAGACGUGGCUGAGGCGGUCCGUAGGGCCCCGAACUGGAAAAGUCCGGGGCUCGAUGGGCUGCAUCAUUACUGGCUGAAGGGGUUCGUAGUGUGUCACGCUGUGCUCGCCCGACAGUAUCAAGAGGCUCUCGAUCAGAAGUCGCUCUCGAGCCUCUUCACUACUGGGAUCACUCACUUGGUUCCUAAAGAUCAGGAUACCACAGACCCUAGAAAAUACCGCCCCAUCACCGAGGGCCCUUGGGCGGAAGAUGUGGCGGAUCAGUGUGCGGAUAUUACGCCCAUGGACCCCGUCAUCAUAACGCCGGAUGACGUACCUGACGCGGUCCGUAGGGCCCUAAACUGA